AUCUCUAUAGCUUUUUUCAUCUCCUGUCUAUUACUCUAUUAACACAGCAAGCUCACAGAGUUCUCUAUUCGUUUCUUCUUCUUCCUCUUACGGUGUCGUCUCGUCAUGGUUCCCGCCAUUGUUUUCUCCCAGUAGAAACCCUAAUUCUGUUCCCUCCAUUCCAGAUCUCUCUGUGGGAAAGAAAGAUUAUUUUGAAUUUCUGGGAAAGCGGUUUCUUCUCCGAGGCUAGGAUUUAUGUCCCACAAUCAAUCAAGGGUUGAGAGGAGCGAGUCUACACAGUACAGGAAACCCGGCCGAUCCGGUAGCUCCAAUCAGCAGCGCCAGUUCACCAGCGGCGUCUCCACUAAAGGCGGUGGCGGCGCCUCCUCCGCCCCCACCAAUCCUUCUAACCGAAGUUCCAAGAAGUAUAAUAGCAAUUCACAAGUAGGGCAGCCCAGUACAAGAAACCCUAAUGUAGAUUCUAGUAAUCCACCUGCAGCACGAGCUGUACAGAAUGGUGCUCAUCAACAUCAGUCAACUCACGGAUUAUCAGACUCACCACUCACCAGUAACUCCUCGAAUGCCGAACCAAUGAAUGCCUCAACUCAAAAAACUACCCGAGAUGUUCCUGGAGCUCCUUCUUCUGAUGUUUCCUCUACAGCUCCUCUGUCUAAUGUUUCUACAGUUAGCUCUGAGUCCAAAGCCCCUUCAACACCUGGGAAAGCUCCAGGAGAUGCAUCUAAAUCAUUCCCACUUCAGUUUGGGUCCAUAAGUCCUGGUUUUAUGAAUGGAAUGCAGGUACCUGCCCGAACUAGCUCUGCGCCUCCAAAUCUGGAUGAGCAGAAAAAAGCUCAGGCACGUCAUGAAUCUUUAAGGUCUGCUCCUGCAAUGCCAAUUCCAUCUAUUCCUAAGCAGAAUUUGCCAAAAAAGGAUGCAGGGAGUCGUGAGCAGCCUAAUACUGGUGAUGCUCAGUUGGCGUCCAAAUCCAAGAGGGAUGCCCAAGUUUCAGCUCCACCACCUGCAAGUCAAGCUCAGAAGCCCUCAGUACAUCCUAUCCCUGGUAUGACCAUGCCAUUGCCAUUUCACCAACCACCGGUUGCUGUUCAAUUUGGUGGUCCAAAUCCUCAAAUUCAGUCUCAGGCCAUGCCAGGAACAUCAUUGCCAAUGCCAAUGCCAAUGUCCUUACCUCUAGGAAAUCCACCCGUGCAGCAUUCAAUGUUUGUUCCAGGUCUGCAGCCACACCCAAUGCAGUCUCAAGGAAUGAUGCAUCAGGGACAAAGCUUGAACUUUUCACCACAAAUGGGUCCCAUACCUCCUCAGUUGGGAAGCAUGGGAAUGAAUAUGGCCCCACAGUUUCCUCAGCAGCCUACUGUAAAAUACAGUGGUUCACGCAAAACUGUGAAGAUUACACAUCCAGAAACUCAUGAAGAGUUGAGGCUUGAGAGCUCACCGGCUUCGAGGUCACAUCCUAAUAUGCCAUCUCAAUCGCAGCCUAUUUCUUCAUUUCCGCCUAAUAUCCCAAUGAAUUUUUAUCCCAAUUCUUACAAUGCCACUUCCCUAUUCUUUCCUGGUGCAAGCACUGUCCCUCUUGGCAGCACCCAGGUUCCCCCCAGUUCUCAGCCACCAAGGUCCUAUAACCAGGUGACGGUGAAACCGCCUUCUCGUGGGGAGAAAGAGCCAUUGAGCUCUUUGCCACAGACAAAGCCUGGAUUAGCAAAAUCAUAUGCAUCUGCUGCCUCAUCAGGUACGGUUAAUGUGCAGAGAGAUGUGUCCCACGCUUUGACUUCUACUUCUGCCGUGGAUGGCUCUGCAUCAGUAUCGACCAUAUCUGCUGAUGAAGCAAGAACUGGGACAGUUCCACCUGAUUCCGGUAAAGAUAACCACAAAAAACUAGGCAACAGAGGUCAGCAGGAUCAGUUUCAGGUUGGCAAGCUAUCUGCCCUUGUAUCAAGUUCGCCUUCUCAAUUGGCUGAAGCUGAAUCUAGGGAAGCAAAAUCUGCUUCGUCUGGAAUUAAUAUGGCAUCUGAAGCUGCUAAGGAAUCAUUAUCAGCAAUGGUAUCUGAUUCUUAUGAGGCUUCUCACUUGACAAUUGGGGGUGCUAUGGAAGAAAAGAUAAGUGAUGAAUCUAAAAGUUUAGAGACGAAAGGUGUAAAUAGCAGACAAUCAGAGGCUGACACAAUGGGUAGCAAAGAACAAGUAGAAGCCACAUCAGUUGAGACUUCGAAACCCUAUGAACCUAGUCUAGAAACAUCUUUGAGGUCUCUUUCGUUAGAAUCUCAAGAAACCACUGGUAAAAUUGAGGAAAGCUCUGACAUGGAGGUAAUAUCCACUAAUGGUGAUUUAUUAGAAGAUAGACAUGAAAAGCCACAAGAAUCUUCAGUUUGUUGCUCUGAUGAUGUGGAGAUGAAUGACAAUUUAGCUGCAUCUACUGACACAUUGUGUCGUCGAAGUACUGAAAAUUCUGUGUCGGUGACUUGUCUGUCAGUGCAGAAGGAGAAAACUUCUCCAGAUGUGUUGUCAAGUGUGGCUAAUGGCAUGGACACAAGAGAAACAAAUGUUGAUAAGUUUGCUAUUGUGGACCAAGAGCAUGCCCCUGUUUUAGUUCCAUCCUCUCCUAAACCUGCUUUGGGACCUCAGAAUGAGGAUAUUGACAGUAAUAGCUGUGGCUUACUUUUGCCUUCUCCGUCUAGUGUCAAAGAUAUUACCUUGUCAGAUACAAAUGUUGCGAGAAGCACUGUUCCCCGAGGUACGAAGAAAAAAAAAGAAUUAUAUAAAAAAGCAGAAGCUGCUGGUACUAGUUCUGAUCUUUAUAUGGCAUAUAAGGGUCCUGCAGAAAACAAAGAAGUUGUAACAUCUGCAGAUGUCUCAGAAAAAUCUUCUAUCAUUAGCGAGAAGCAGGCUUCUGCGAAUGUAUCUCAGGACAAUGCCGAGCCAUGCGAGAAACCUGCUCAGGGUAAAGUGGAGCCUGAUGAUUGGGAAGAUGCUGCGGAAAUCUCUAGUCCACAGUUAGAAACUUUAAAAACUGAAAAUGAUGAAAAGGAUGGGGAUGGAUAUGGAUUGACGACUAAAAGGUACUCUCGGGAUUUCCUCCUAAAAUUUGUGGAGCAAUGCCCUGAUCUUCCUGAGGGAUUUGAAAUUACUUCGGACAUAGCAGAAUUGCUGAUGGUAUCUAGUAUCCAUGGUUCACGAGAGUCCUAUGGUAGCCCUGGGCGUACAAUUGACAGGCCAGUUGCCGGUUCUAGACCAGAUCGUCGUGGUGGUGGCUUGGGAGAUGAUGACAAAUGGAGUAAAUUUCCUGGGUCUCUUAUGUCUGGCCGAGGAGAUAUGCGGGCAGAUGUUGGCUAUGCAAGUAACAUUGUUGGGUUUCGGCCUGGCCAAGGAGGUAAUUAUGGUGUUUUAAGGAAUCCUCGGGCUCAGACACCUAUGCAAUAUGCUGGGGGCAUCCUAUCUGGGCCGAUGCAGUCCCUGGGUCCUCAUGGUGGCCUUCAAAGAAAUAAUUCUGAUUCCGAUAGGUGGCAGCGUGGUGCUGGUUUUCAGAAGGGUUUGAUGCCUUCUCCUCAUACACCAAUGCCGGUGAUGCAUAAAGCUGAAAAGAAGUAUGAAGUAGGUAGGGUUGCUGAUGAGGAAGAAGCGAAACAGAGGCAGUUGAAGGGCAUCCUGAACAAGCUUACCCCUCAAAAUUUUGAAAAACUGUUUCAACAAGUUAAGCAAGUGAACGUAGAUAAUGUUAUUACGCUUUCUCGGUUGAUCUCACAGAUUUUUGACAAAGCUCUGAUGGAGCCUACCUUCUGCGAGAUGUAUGCGGAUUUCUGCUUUCACCUUGCUGCAGAUUUGCCAGACCUAAGUGUGGAGAAUGAAAGAAUUACUUUCAAGAGAUUACUCCUGAACAAGUGCCAAGAAGAAUUUGAGAGAGGAGAAAGAGAAGAAGAGGAGGCAAAUAAAGUUGAGGAAGAAGGUGAAGCUAAACAGACAGCGGAAGAGAGAGAGGAGAAGAGACUGCGAGCGCGAAGACGCAUGUUAGGAAAUAUUAGGCUGAUUGGAGAACUAUACAAGAAGAGAAUGUUGACUGAGAGGAUAAUGCAUGAGUGCAUAAAUAAGUUGUUGGGUCAGUAUCAGAAUCCUGAUGAGGAGAACAUUGAAGCUUUGUGCAAAUUGAUGAGCACAAUCGGGGAGAUGAUAGAUCACCCCAAGGCAAAGGAACAUAUUGAUGCCUAUUUUGAUAUCAUGUGGCAGUUAUCCAACAAUAUGAAGCUUUCCUCCAGGGUUAGAUUCAUGUUGAAAGAUGCCAUCGAUCUGAGAAAGAAUAAGUGGCAACAGAGGAGAAAAGUUGAAGGUCCAAAAAAGAUUGAGGAGGUGCACCGGGAUGCCGCUCAAGAGCGGCAGACACAAGCAAGUAGGCUGGGUCGCGUUACCAGCAUGACUAAUUCUGUUCGAAGGGGUCCACCUACAGAUUUUGGUCCUAGAUCUGCUGGUAUGUUAUCUCCACCUGGUUCUCAGACUGGUGGUUUCCGUGCUGUUCCCCCACAAGUACGUGGUUAUGGUCUUCAUCAUGUUGGAAUGGAGGAGCGACACCCCUUUGAGAACAGGACCAUGUCUGUUCCUCUGCCCCAAAGACCCCUUGGUGAUGAUUCUAUAACUCUUGGGCCCCAAGGUGGUCUUGCAAAGGGAAUGGCUUACAGAGGGCAGCCAUCAGCUUCUAACAUUCCGUUGGCUGAGAUGCCAAGUCCUGGAGAUGCGCGGAGGAUGGGACCUGGCCAGAAUGGAUUUAGUUCCAUGCCCGAACGGGUGGCUUAUGGCCAAAGAGAAGAUCUGAUGCCAAGGUAUAUGCCAGACAGGUUUGCUGCUCCUCCCAAUUACAACCACUCACAUUCUCAGGAGCGAAAAAUGUCCCAUGGGAAUAGAGAGGUUCGAAACACAGACAACAGUUUUGACAGUUCUAUGCAUAUUUCUCCACCUGCUCGAGGUGGGCCAACUACUAGCAGACAAAAUGUGUCUUCGGAUAAGGUGUGGUCAGAAGAGCACUUGCGGGACAAGUCUGUGGCUGCAAUCAGAGAAUUCUACAGUGCAAGAGAUGAGAAUGAAGUGGCUUUGUGCAUCAAGGAUUUGAACAGCCCCAGUUUCUAUCCAUCUAUGGUCUCUAUCUGGGUUACUGAUUCUUUUGAGAGGAAAGAUGUAGAGAGAGAUCUCUUGACAAAAUUACUUAUCAAUCUUACAAAAGCUCGAGAUGGGUUGAUAAGUGAAGAUCAACUCAUUAAAGGGUUUGAGUCUGUUCUUGCUGUCUUGGAGGAUGCUGUAAACGAUGCCCCUAGAGCGGCAGAGUUCCUUGGCCGUAUUUUUGCUAAAGUCGUAAUGGAGAAUGUUAUUUCACUUUCUGAAAUUGGGAGAUUGAUAUAUGAAGGCGGAGAAGAGCAAGGUCGGCUUGUGGAAAUAGGGCUUGCAGCUGAAGUCCUUGGAAGUGUCUUGGACAUCAUCAAAUCGUAUAAAGGUGAUCCUGUUUUGAACGAGAUUCGUUCCAGCUCUAAUCUGCGGCUAGAGAACUUCAGGCCUGCAGGCUCUAACAAGUCAUUGAGAAUAGACAAGUUUAUUUAGAGGAUAAGAUGCUCAUUGUAUCUGGUAGAAAAUUUUAUUUCUUGUUUUCUUAUUUCACAGUUCUAAAGUUGCUCAUAUUUAUAUAUAUAUUUAAUUCUUGGCCGAUGGGGUUAUGUAGGGCAAGUUCUUCAUGUUUUCAUAUUAUUUUUGCCAACAAAUUGAUUACAAUUUUUGGAAGGUGCAAUUGAGCAUCAAGUUAUCUUCAUCAA